CGUAACAACGGGGAUGUGUAGUGCGGCCAUUCUGGGUUUGGUUUUAGGCGGAAUGGUUAAAAGCGACGAGAUUAUUGAAAAACAAGCCAAAGAUGUAAAAGAGCGGGUUAUUGACCGAAAAAUAAGAGUUCUGCUUCGCGCCCGAGAACAUGCUUUAUUCUACGGUCCGCCGGGUUCGGGCAAAACUCAUUUGGCACAUGAGUUGGCUCGCAAUGAGUCCGUGGCUUACGCUUUUGUUAAACUCAACGACGAAGUUUAUGUUGGUUCCAGCCAAGUCAAACACGAUAACCUUUUGCGGGAAGCCAAACAAAUUUUAAAAAACCAAAAAGCCGAGAUAAGAACUAACCCCACGAAAAAAUCUAGACCAGUAGUGAUUAUUGUUGACGAAAUUGAUGAGAUGGGAGUAAAAACUUUUUCGCCGUCUCAUAACGGCUCACAACCUACUAAUAAUUUUUUGAGGAUGACUGAUACAAUAGAAACGAAAGA